AUGUAUACAUUAAUUAAAGAGUUAUAUACCAGAUGGAAUCAAAAACCAUCAUAUUCGAUACUUAUUAUAGGGCUAGAAAGCUCAGGAAAAACAACGUUUCUUGAGAAAGUUAAAUGUAUUUAUAAUAAUACUUAUAUAUUUUCAGCAAAUAAUAUCAUUCCUACGGUUGGACAGAAUAUUGGAAAAAUUACAGUGGAUAAAACUAAAAUUCAACUUUGGGAUCUUGGAGGACGAUCAUCGUUAAGAAGUCUUUGGUAUUCAUAUUUUUCAGAAUGUCAUUCUAUUAUCUUAGUAGUGGAUUCAUCAGAAAAGAAAAAGAUUCAAGAAGCCAAAGAUAUUUUUGAAAUAAUAGCCAAUCAUGAAAACAUCAAAGAAAUUCCUAUAUUGAUACUAGCUAAUAAGCAAGAUGUAUCUGGAUCACUUACAGUUGAAGAGAUAAAGAUAGCUUUUAAUAAUGUUACAGGAAAAUUAGAGAGAUGUAAAAAUCAUAUUAUGCCAUCAAGUGCUAUUAAUGGAGAAGGAGUACAAGAAGCAAUAGAAUGGUUAAAAAAUCAAAUGGAGCAAAAUACGUUAAUACGAAAACCAAUAUAUUGUUAA